AUGGUCUUGGAUAUCAAUUUAUUUAGAACUGAAAAAGGAGGUAACCCGGAAAAGAUCAAAGAGUCAGAAAAAAACAGAUUUAAUGAUGUAAGUAAUGUAGAUAAAGUUAUAGAAUAUGAUGAGAAAUGGAGAAAGAGUAUAUUUAAAUUAGAAGAGUUAAAAAAAAACAUUAACCUAAUAAAUAAAACAAUAGGAAAUAAAAAAAAAGAAGAUAAAAAUGCAGAUGUUGAGGAUUUGAAACAAAAAAGUUUAAGCAUGAAAGAAGAAAUUCCAUUGAUCCAAAACGAAGAAAAACAUUUAUUAAAACAAAGAAAUAUGUAUUUAGCAAAAGUAGGAAAUAUAUUAAGUAGUAAAGUUGUAAUUAAUAAUGAUGAAGACCAUAACAAAAUUGUACGAACAUGGGGAGAAUGCAAAAAUUAUGAGGCAACCGAUUUAGAAAAAAGUGACAUAAACAAAGAAGAUACUCCUAAUACAAAAAGAGAAGUGAGCAAUAAUAAUGAUGGACAAAAUAAAGUCAGUAUAAUAAGUGAAAUAAAAAAGAAAUAUUAUUAUCAUUAUGAUUUGCUAAGAAAAAUAGGGGGAGUGAAUUUUAAGAAAGGGGUUUUAGUAGCUGGACAUAGAGGUUAUUAUCUUACUGGUGCAGGCUUUUUAUUAAAUAAUGCUAUUAUGCAAUAUGCUAUAAAUUUUCUUGUAAAUAAAAAAUAUACACCCGUAUACCCUCCGUUUUUUAUGAAAAAAACCAUAAUGGAGGAAUGUGCAGAGUUAAACGAUUUUGAAGAAACAUUAUAUAAAAUAAGUUCAUCAAGUGUUGCUAGUGCUGAGGACAAAACCAUAGCUACAAAUAGUAAUAAUGUUUCGAAUGAAAAAUCAAACAGAGACGACUUAUUUUUAAUAGCCACAUCUGAACAACCAUUAUGCGCAUUACACAGAGACGAAACAUUAGAAUCAAGAUAUUUGCCUUUAAAAUAUGUAGGCAUUUCUUCUUGUUUUAGAAAAGAAGCAGGUGCACAUGGAAAAGAUAUUAGAGGUAUAUUGAGAGUUCACCAAUUUGAUAAAGUUGAGCAAUUUUGUAUCUCUUUGCCACAAACAAGUUAUAAAUUACAUGAAGAAAUGAUAAAAACAUGUGAAGAAUUUUAUCAAUCUUUAAAUAUUCCAUAUAAAAUUGUAAAUAUCGUAUCAGGAGCUCUUAAUAAUGCUGCUGCCUUAAAAUAUGAUAUCGAAGGAUAUUUUCCUACUAGUGGGCAAUAUAGAGAAUUAGUAUCUUGUAGUAAUUGUACAGAUUAUCAAAGUAUUAAUUUAAAUAUUAGAUAUACAGAUUCAAAUAUAAAAAUAUCAGGAAUUACAAAAAGCUCAAAAGAUAAGAAUGAGGAAAAUACUAAAGAUGAAACAAAAGAUGAAUAUGUUGAUAGUGAAUAUGAAAAAUUUAAUCAUGAUUUUCCCAUUGAAAAUAAAAAUUAUGUUCACUUGUUAAAUGGUACUAUGGUAGCUGGUCAAAGAUUUUUAUGUUGUCUUUUAGAAAACUAUCAAAAUGGAGAAGGUAUUAUUGUUCCUGAAAAAUUAAGACCAUACAUGAACAACACUGAGUUUAUUCCAUUCAUAGAAUAA